GAACUACUUGACUCCAUCUCCCUCCUUUUCUUGAAUUUUCGCCUCACAUGCUUGGGAUAAAAUACCGAUAUACUUCAAUCUUAGCAACUAAUAUAGGGCAUGACGAUAAUGACUGACAGCGGUAGAAAUGUUUACCUAACCUUACUCACUAGCUACCUCCUGCUCACUCCCUACACAAAUCUAGUAAACAAUUGGACAAUACCUUCCUUGUUUAGCACCAACCCCCCCAAGGCUUGUGCUUCCACAAACAUGGCUUAGCAAUGAGCAUGGCACCCCGAGAAAACUUUGAUCACCCAUUCUCUCAAAAGCCGAGUUCAGUCCAAGAUUGUAUGAAAUAGAUGAAAAUCUAACGAUCAAAGCAGCCCAACCAUGUCGGCGACUCGAUGCCAAAUGGAAGCAUACACCUAAAUUUCCCCGAAAGUCUAAAGUCUCUAUCGGUAGAUCAUGGUACGAUGGAAAGUAAGAGCCGUUUCCAAGCGUUUUGAGUUCUUCUGUUUGAUUUUCGGAGAAUUUAUCGAUACACCACGAAGUACGGCCCCAUUAGAACGUUUCUAUAGCUCGAAUGUUUCGUAAUAUUCUGUCGCAAAUCGACGUCCCCGAUUGUGAUAGGCAAUAAUAUAUGGAGUAGGGUGGUUCAAGCUUUUUGAAUUAUGCCGCACCACUGUUGGGUCAAAUGCCUACUCUUCGUUGAAUGGAUGAGCACUGUACUUGCUUGAUUGGUAGAAUUCCCAAGACAGUAUCUUACCAAGAAACAUGGAUAGAAUCUCAAGGGUUGACACGAGACUACGGAGACAGUACCACGUUGGGGGGUUUUGGUAGGCAAGGGAUAUGACGGCCACGACCGUUGACUAGAAGCAGAAUAAAUUAUGGGGCCGAUCAACGACAAAUUUCGACAUCAGUAUUCGUUCCACUUUGUUGGCAAAUUCCAGCUUCAAGGUUGUUGGAGCAUGGCAUACUCUUUAAUGUUCGCAGGGUUAUAGUGCAUGCACUUAUACAUGAUCAGAUUCUCCCAGUUUACGAUAGCGUUCGUUGUAGUUUUGUUUGACUUUUUCUUUUUUUCUUUUCUUUUCGUACUUUGAUAUCGUUAAUACUAUCGUUAAUAUUCAUACGAACUAAAAGUACCAAGGAGUCAUCAUGAAGUUAUCCCUCAAUAUCAUGGCUGUCAUGGCCAGUUUGACCAUGGUUUGCACUGCACAAUCCUCGUUAAACCCCAGGGGUUCGUCCGCCUCUCUUUUAGCGGCCGCAGAAGCAUCAUAUCCGACUUGCUCGCUAAAAUGUAUGGCGCAAGCCAUUCCUGCAUCUACAUGUGAAGCAACAGAUAUAAUAUGUCUUUGCACAAACGAUGAAUUACAAGCGAGCAUCACACUCUGUGCGAUGCAAAGUUGCACCAUUUUUGAACUUUUUACUACCAAAAAUGUUACCGAGACCAUGUGUAGCGCACCGGUGCGAGAUAGGAGAAAAGAUGGCGAGUAUAUUGGUGUUAUUGGAGGUUGUGUUGCCUUGCUAGCCUUCUUUGGGCGGUUGCUAGCCACCGCUUUGAAAGUAAGACAAUGGGGCAUGGAUGACUGGGCAAUGUGUGCUGUUGUGGCAUUGGCAACUCCUCCAACUGUUUUCUCUGUCAUCUUGGCCAAUAAUGGUCUCGGGAAAGAUAUGUGGACUCUGACAGCUGAUGAAAUCACAAAUGUUUUAUUUUACUAUAUUCUCGGCGAAUGCUUCUAUCUUGCCGCAAUGGCCAUGACUAAAGUUACAUUCUGCCUUCUUUUCCUUCGAGUGUUUCGCGAGAAGCCCUUUAUCUAUUAUGUUUGGGGCACACUCGGACUUUCUGCUGCCUAUGGUGUUAGUUUUGUGGUAGCAACAAUCUUCCAAUGCUGGCCGAUUAGCUAUGGAUGGAAUCAAUGGGAUGGCUUGCACACUGGAACUUGUAACAACAUCAAUCUCCAAGGAUGGCUAAGUUCCAUUCUCAACAUUGUUCUGGAUAUUAUAGUUAUUGGCCUGCCACUGAACAAACUUUCCAAAUUGGUCAUGUCUCCAACCAAAAAGAUAACUAUUAUGUUUAUGUUUUCUCUAGGACUAUUCGUUACUGCAAUAAGCAUUAUACGACUUCAUGCGCUCAUUCAAUUCGCCAGUACAACAAACAUAACCUGGGACCAGAGUCCAGCGGCAUAUUGGAGUACUCUUGAAAUGCACGUCGGCAUAUUCUGCGGGUGCUUGCCAGCAUUACGACCUCUACUGAAUCUGAUUAUGCCAAAAUUACAGACAACUGUCGCAGUCAGCACUCAAAGAACUGCUGGGACGACUGGCAAGAGAUCAUUUAUGAGCUCUAAAGCUUCAGCGCCGAAGAGGAAUGAGAAGGGCGACUUCAUUCCACUUGAUGAUAUCGAUACUUCGAGCACAAAGCACUUGACCAGUUCUCAUUGCAACGCUGUCUGAAGGCUACUACAUUAACGGCCAUUUUAUUAGAGAAAGUUGGGGAGUUUAUUUAUGAAACGCCGGCGUGCAUUAUGAGAUAAAUAUUCCAAAUUUACUUUCCUUCAAAAUUUAUUUUAAUUUACAAGCGUUUGAACUGGGUCUGGGACUCCCCGAGGGACGCAAACCUUUCGUAAAAACCUAAUUAUAUCCCACAACACGAGAUCUUAUUUGUCAAUAUUUUAGAUCUUUUCACUUGGCGCUUGAUUUUUUUUCGUCGUUAUAAAUAGGCAGUCUUUGUCAAAACUUCUUUGCAGACGAGCAUUACCAUUGCUGAGGCUCUACAAAUGUUCAUCUCUGAUUUGUCAAUCUAUUUCCACCAAGGUACUAAUGUGCACCA